UUCCCUUACUCCUUCCCCAUCUUUCAAACGUAUCUGUCAAAUGGACCGAAAUCGCCAGAUACGGAUUCAAUAGCGAUUAGACUACUCGCGCCUGGUCUACAAGACAUCCAAGAAGGACUAUUGUUUCCACUGCUGCCAAGUUCCAGUCGUUAUCGAACUGGCUUUGUCCUCCUUGGGAUCACGAUCAUCACUAUCUCCCUUGUCCUAGCGAGCUAUGCGUCUGCUGUGUGGUAGAUUGUUGUCACACAAGGAGUAACAUGUGGUCUAGGUGGCAUAUUGAUGAAUUCUGUUCACGUUUCCGUUUUCUCAGAAUGGUUCGACAAGCAGAAAGAGAAGGCCAUGGGUAUCAUUUGGACCGGAUGGCGCCUUGGAGCCCUCACAUUCCCUCUGAUUCGUCAAUGGCUGCUCGAGGAACACGGAUUCGCAAAGACACUCCACGUUCUAAUUCCUCCAAUGUUGACUCUACUAACACCAGCCGUUAACGAUACUAAUCCGUGGGCGGUAUCAUUCGACUGCAGUGUCUGUACAGCCUCAACCGCGUACUGUCUCGAAACUGGAAGCCAUGCGAGCACCUUCCAUAUUGUAUUAUCUCAUAGCGACAAACCUAUCGUUUCUCGUCAUCAAUGUGCCGAAAAUGUUCAUUGCGACCUUUGCGGCUGACUUGGGCCUGAGUGGAAGAGUUCAAGCCUGGGCGCUGGUUACACUUGUUUUGAGCGAAAUGUUGGGAACAUAUUUGUUUGGCUGGCUGAGUGACACACACCAUCACGGGUAGAUUAUGGGGUGGCUGGCCGUUGCAACAUCCAUAUCGCAUCUUUUUGGGUUCGGACUAGCAAAAUCGACAGCUGGCAUAAUUCUGUAUGGUGUGGCAGUUGGCAGUACCAGUGGAGGAUUUAGCAACUGCCUCUUCACGUUCUAUAGCGAGGCAGCAAAAGGUAAUGGCGAGCUGUUCACCGCCAUCCAUGAUUUGUUCAGCUUCUUUCGUGGUUUGUCCAUACUGUCUGUCGGUCCUGUCGGUGCAGAACUACUA